UAUGAUUUUUUUCCUGCUCCGCACUUCAUGCUGCCUAACAGUUAUCAGCAUCCGUGUUACAGUAUGAGGAGCUGGCAGGUAUAAAAUAAGGAGACAGAAAGGUUGGGUACAGCCAUAAAGUACCAAGGAAGCAGCUAAAGACCAUGAUGAAGAAAUCGGGGAUGCUUGUGCUCUGUGCCGGUGUGACCUUCGCAUUACUGGGCGGCACUGAGACGACGUCACCUAAUACAUCACCAAUGACUACAUCACCAAUGACUACAUCACCAAUGACUACAUCACCAAUGACGGCAAUGACAUACACUAGCACAUCCGAUAGAACCCGGCCUUCCAAUCCCAGCACCACUGGCGUCUCCACAGGAACCAAUCCCACCAGCUCCCAGAUGACCACUACCACGGGCACCUCCACAACCAGGACCACACCCACAAUGGCCGCGAGUGUUGGCAGCACAAAUCCAAUGACCACCAAGAACGGACAGAGCCACAUCUUCACCUCUGUCGGCCUGUUGCUCGGUUCUUUGAUCCUUCAAGCGCUUUGGCAUUGAUUUUGAAUGUCAAAUUUCAGUUGUUCGUGUGAAACUAAAAUCUGGUUCAUGAUUUCAAGAAAUGAUUAACAAGUCAAUCUGACAGAGUCGGCCUACUUAUUGACAUGUGAAGGAAAAAAGCAGCAGCCUAGAAGUGGUAGCAGUAGUAUCAAAUUCAUACUGGUACAUCCAAGAGCCAAUAAACAGAAUGAAAGAUGUUACCAUAAAUAUGUUAUGGUUCUCAUAUUUUUAAAAUAUUUUGUAACGCGUGCUGUGUGACGGAUACCUGCUGCUGUGUUUUUCUUUUUUGAACAAAAGAGAUUAAUGUGAUAUCUAACAGGUAUCUGUUGGCAGGACACACUACAGGCAGCAGUCAGUCAAGGUAUUGUAUUAUAUUGCAUUGUGUGAGUAAAUUAUGUUUGAGGAAGGAUAAAGCUUUUUGUUGAGCUAAAGCAGAUUUGAAAUGAAUACUGAGCCAACGCCCAAAUAUUGGACUCCGUCUACUCUUUAACAUGACAACCCUCCUAGCAUAUCCCUUGAAAUCACAAAUGAAUUUCAUUUUGAGAUUAUUAAAAAAAACCACUACUUUAAUCAGGUAGAACAAGUGUCAUAUCAGCUCGUGUACAGUCAUGUGAUUAAAUUUCAUUCAUCACUA